AAAAAUUAAAAUAUCUUGAAAAAGAAGUAAGAAAAAGAAAAAAGAAAAAAAGAUGAUCCAAAUGGAAUUGGAAUUGCUUGUUUCUGAAUUAGGCCGUGCCUGUGCCAGUCGCCAGAACACAAUCAAUUUUGAGUCUUCGAGUCAUCCCCGAGGUCCGUAAAUCUGACGUCGUUUCACUCUUAGCCGUCGGAUCUAAACAUCCCUUGGAAUCACAGUGGUGGCCGAAGUUUAUCAGUUGUUCAGUCGCAGUGCGGUGGCGGGAUGAGACGCGAAUGAUGGAUAGCAACAAACCGAUCCUCAAGGCUUCAUCUCUGAGAUGGAAAAUUCUCCGUCAAGCGCUUAUUCCUCGUUCUUCCUCCCGCAAUGAGGAUCAGGAUGAACUGGACACGAGGCGUAUUUCUCGGAGGACGACGAACGGCUUCAAUUUGAUUCCUUCAUUUAUAACGGACGACAUUGGAGACGAAGGCGCGGGUGGUUCUUCUGUAUCUCAUUGCUUCGAUCACCGUCGGGAUCGUCGUGUGUGCUAUACCUUACCUAUCGAUGGAGCGUCCAAACUUUUCCUCAAGCAAAGAAUGGACGAUGUUGCUGACCUUGAUGACUUCAAGAUCUGUAAUAAAUAUGACAUUGACAACACCGGGCUUGUUUGUCAUUGGCCAUCAGAAGAUGUUCUUGCUUACUUCUGUUUGUUGCAUCCGGACCUAUUUAGAUGUAAGAGAGUAAUUGAGCUUGGAUCUGGCUAUGGCUUCGCUGGAUUAGUUGUUGCUGCAAGUACAGAAGCGUCAGAAGUUGUUAUCACAGAUGGAAAUCCUCAAGUAGUUGAAUAUAUUCAGAAUAAUAUAGCAAUGAACUCUAGAGCGUUUGGUGGCACCAGGGUAGAUUCUUUGACAUUGCAUUGGAAUCAGGAAAAUGUCUCAAAUAUUUCUGGCAGUUUUGAUCUCGUUAUUGCCAGUGACUGCACUUUUUUCAAAGAAUACCAUAGAGGUCUUGCUCGAAUGGUCAUGUCCUUGUUGAAGAAAGCAGAGUCAUCAGAAGCUAUAUUUUUCAGCCCCAAAAGAGGUGACUCACUUGUGAAGUUUCUAGAAGAAAUCAAAGCCAAUGGCUUGCAUUUCAGUGUGACAGAGAAGUAUGAUGCUGAAGUUUGGAAACUACACGAGAAAUUCUCUAAUGGUGAUGAUUCCUGGCCUGGAUAUGAAAAGGAUCAUUGCUAUCCAUUAUUGGUCAGAAUUACUCUCUGAAUUCUUAUAUUGUCCAUUACAUUUCCACCUUUUCCCCAAUCAUUUAGUCACCAAGAAGUUACCCUUCUCAUCCACCCAUCUUUAUUUAUAGACGAAGCCUUCAUAAUUGGUAGUUUUCAUGCAUUAGAGUAAACAAAGGUCUUCUGUUCUGUCAAAAGGAAGAUAGUGAUGAAGAAGAAUGGCAACAGCAGGGCCUUCCAAAUUGUGUAAGUCCUUUUGUCCUACCACAUUUCUUGGAAGAUCUCAAACUUGGUCAAUAUAUGAAGACUGCCCCUCGAGAAAUGUUUAUGGCUCAGGUUACCUUCAAACAUAUUUCCUCCUCCAAAGUUUUAAUUUCUUUAAUUACAUUGAUCUUUUGAAUUUGAAUAUACAAAGUUGAAUUAUUCCCUUUAUCAGUCUGUUGAAUUAGGAGUUUUUUCUUUUUCACUUUGAAGUUAUUUUAAUUUAUUUUUCAGUUUUUUAUUUUUAAGUUUUUUAAUUUAUGCUUUUAAUAUGCCUUUAAUUUGUAAAUUUUAUUAAGUUUACCUUCCUUUUCUAUAAAAGGACGAUGUCUCAUGUAAAAUAUGCCUCACAAUUUUGUGUACUACAUUUUGUGUAUCACAAUUUUGAGUACCACAUUUUGAGUAUCACAAUUUUGAGUACCACAUUUUGAGUGUCACAUUUUGUAUAUCACAAUUUUAGUAUCACAUUUUGUAUAUCACAAUUUUAGUAUCACAUUUCUUAUACAAUAUUUUGUGCAUGACCAAUCUCUUUCUUACCUAAAUCAAAAUAUUGAAUUACACUCUCAUUUUCUUUUUUCUUCUCUUUGUUUAACAAACAUUGAGAUAUUGGUUUGCUUCUGCAACGUUUAUUUAUUUUUAAUUGAUUCCAUUUUCUCAACAGUGGUAUCAGAGAUAUAUCGAUAUAUCGAUUUUUCACCAAUGCCUUAGAUUGGUGAAAAAGAAUUUUCAUUGUUUUGUAUUUGAAAAUUGUCUUCCAGUUUUGGUAUUUCCUCACUACAUUUUGAUGGUGAAAACUACCAAUUUUGGAUUAUUAAAAUGCAAUCCUAUCUCACAUUUGGGAAUUUGUUUCAAUUGAUGUUGAUCCUCAACCAUGAGGAGAAAAUCCAACGUUGAAUCAAAUCAGACUACAUGAAGAGGAGAAAUUAAAGAAACUGAAAGUUUCACCUGUGAAUCAUGCUACUUUAUUAGAUCCUAUAUUUAUAGGAUUAUUGAUUGUAAAACGGCAAAAAACGCUUGGAAUAAAUUGCAUCAAGAAUUUGAAAGAAGUGUAAGGGUGAAAGCUAUCAAACUGUUGACUCUCAAGAGAGAGUUUAAGAUGCUAAAACUGAAGGACUCAGAUAUUGUGAGGGAUUUCACAGCAAAAGUGAUGACCAUUGUAAACUAGAUAAGAUUAGUUGGUGAAAAAUUUUCAGAUCAAAGAGUCGUUGAAAAAAUAAUGGUUAGUAUUCCUGAUAAAUUUGAGUCAAAUAUUUCAGCCAUAGAGGAGUCUUCUGAUCUAAUAACUCUCUCUAUAACUUAAUUAAUUAGCAAAUUACAAGCCCAUGAACAAAGGAGUACUAUGCGUAAUGAGGAGCAAGUUAGAGUGCAUUCCAUGCAAAGUUUAAAGAUAAGAAACUCGUUGGAGAGGAUGAUAGACAUGCAACUAAAAAACAUGUGAGUAUGGAAAACGAGGAGCAUCAAGAAAAGAUAAAUUUCCUUCUUGUUUUUGUAGAAAAACUAACCAUGCUGAAAAAAAUUGUUAGAAAAUAAGUAAGUCUACCAUUACGAUUAUUGCAACAAGGAUGAUCAUACAGAGAAGUUUUGUUAUAUUAUAAAAAACCAAAUCUAAAAUUCCCAACAACAAUCAAAUUGCACAGAUGACAAUGAAGAAACAAAUUCUUUGUUUAUGGUAUUUCAAUUUGAUGGUAAAGUGUCAACCUCGUGGCUUAUUGACAGUGGAUGUGUACUUCGCAUAUGACUAACGAUGUAAAUCUUUUUAGCCAGAUUGAUAGACCGUCUAAGGUGGUUCUUGGACAUGGUGAGACAGUACUAGCUGAAGGCAAAGAUACUAUUGUCAUGCAUACUAAGCAAGGUAAACAUAAAUUAUCCAAUGUUUUAUAUGUUCCAAAGUUAUCUUAAAACUUGUUUAGUAUUGCACAGUUAUUGCAUUAUAAAUUUUGUGUUUUUCAAAAAUCAAGUUUGUGUUAUUUAUGGCCCUCAAGGAGCAGAGAUUGUAAGGGUCAAAAUGGUUGAAAAUGCAUUUGUUUUAUGUGGUGACUCACUGUGUCAUCAUGCUUUUAAUGUCAAAAGUAGAAGAAAGCAAACGGUGGUAUCAAUGCUUUGGACAUGAAGACAACAAAAUUUUGAAAAUUUUUUCUUCUAACAUGAUUGAUAAUAUUUUCAAAUUUACCUUUAUUGAUUAGAUUUAUAACAGUUUUCAAGAAGGAAGAUGCACAGUCUACCUUAUCUAAAAGAAAGACUUGAUUUGGCUAGCUACUGUCUUCAAUUUUGUACAAGAUAGUAGAACAAGGAACAUCAAAGUCAAGAUUUUAUUUAUUGACAAAAGUAGAGAGAAAGAGAAGAAGGUAAAAUCAUUGAACAACUCAUCGACAUUCUCUCAAAAACUGCACCUAGACUGUUUAUGUUUCCACACCAAAAGUUGGGUGUGACAAAGAAAAACCUCACGGAGGAGUAUUGAAUUAUGAGUUUUUUGUUUUUCACCUUUAGUUUCAAUAUUUAAUGUUUGAAGUUUUUUACUUUAUUGUUUAAUUUAUUUUUCAGUUUUUGGUUUUUUAA